UGGACACUCACUCCAUCCAUUUGCAAGUCCGGUCUGCCAUGUGUUGCCCGGUGACGUGCUUUUGUUUUUCUUCAGUUGAUCUUUCCCCAGAUCCGGCCCGUUCCACCUUGAUGGCCCGGCUAUGGUUUGCUUUUUGGUGCGCUUACAUAAUAUGGGUUGCAUUCGACAUCUCCCGCUGCUCGGUUCUGUGGUCUUGGCAAGCCGGCCUUGACAGCUGCUGGCCCCGAGUCUAGCCGUUUGUCGGGUGGCCGGCACUUUGUUUUCGUCAUUCGAUAGUACCGCGGAUGUACCCCGGGUCCCGUCUCUGUCUGUGCCUUUUUCUGACUUGUGGCCGGUGCAUAGGUUGGAUUGAGCACUAACAACUACUUGCGACACCACCAAGCGACGCCGAUAUACACGCCUUCCGUCCACCCCCCCUCCGCCCAAACCACCGACCGUCACAAUGGCCUCCAUUGCUCGCUGCCUCCGGAUUGCUCGUCCUUCCGUCGUUUCUGCUUUCGCCCAGAGCUCCGUCCGCAUUGCGCGUCCCUUCUCUGUUACUGCCAACAAUGAGCUAAGGAAGUACACCCGCGAGCACGAGUGGAUCGAGCUCUCCGACGACAAGAAGACUGGUUACGUUGGCAUCAGCUCCUACGCCGCCAAGGCCCUCGGCGACGUCGUCUUCGUCGAGCUCCCCGAGGAGGGCAAGGAGGUCCACGCUGGCGAUGCCCUUGGCGCCGUCGAGUCCGUCAAGUCUGCCGCCGACAUCAACGCCCCCGUCAGCUGCAAGGUCAUUGCUAGCAACUUGACCCUCGAGGAGAGCCCUUCGACCAUCAACAAGGUUCCCGAGGACCACUCUGCCAGCGGCGGUUGGGUCGCCAAGGUCCAGGUUACCGACCAGGGCAUUGCCGAUCUCGAGAAGCUCAUGGACGAGGAGGCCUACAAGGAGUUCACUGCCGCCGAGGACCACUAAACAUAACGCAAGAGAUUCAAAAUCAUGGGGGGCGCCGCUUGACGGGAAAAAGAUUAAUGACGCUUGGUGUAUAUUGGCUAUUUAUGACGGAACCCGGGGAAAUGGUUACGGGGAUCAACUCAAUUUCGGACAGUUCAACCUGCUUUUAGACAAACGACAUGGGGGGCCCAACAAAGUACGCCUAAAGAAGUAUUUUGUCAUAUCAUCACACGGCGAAGGGCGGUGUUUGGUAGUUUUAUGCAUACAUCGAAUUGGAGUUAAAUCGGGAUAAGCAUGCAUGCAAUGGAACGCAUCAGAGUAUCAUACCAAGAUUAUGUACAUGCAUGGAAAACAUUCAGCAGAUCGUAGAAACCCACGGUUGCGCCUCGCAUACCUCUCAACUUUUGGUUCGCCCGCAAAAAAAACCUCGCGCCAUCUUUUCAUCCUUCUCUAUCGUACACAAAACACCAUCAGAGAACAAACAUUCAGAGAUCACCAAUCUUGAGUGCACCCCCCGAGGCACGACCCUGGUUGACAAAGUCCAGAAUCUUCUGCGCGCCCCUCUUAGCCAGAUCCUCCGCCAGCUUCUGACCCAU